CUGCGUCUGGUAGUGUGAUGACGUAAAAUAUGUGCGACCGCUCCUCACGUUGAAGUUUUCAAUGAAUUGUUGCCGCCUUCAUUUUUUUAAUUCAUAAAAAAAAAAAAAUAAAAAAAAAUACAUGAGAAGUGAUAUUCUAGUUAAUUAUUUUUGACAUGAAUAGCCGGUUGCAGGAAAUACGGGAGAGACAGAAGCUCAGACGGCAGCUUCUUGCACAACAGCUCGGGGCAGAGAGUCCCGACAGCAUCGGUGCUGUUCUCAACAGUAAAGAUGAACAAAAAGAGAUCGAGGAGACCAGAGAAGCAUGCAGGGCAUCAUUUGACACAUCAGUCCCCUGUGCUAAAAGAAAGUGUCAAAAUGAGGGUGAGGAUCCAGAGGAGGAUGUGGAGGAGCAAAGGGAAGAUGUUGAGCCCCAGCAGCAGGAGGAGGGCGGGCCAUAUGAAGAGGUGUACAAAGACUCCAGCACUUUCCUAAAGGGCACCCAGAGUCUAAAUCCUCAUAAUGAUUACUGCCAACACUUUGUGGACACAGGUCAUAGACCUCAGAACUUCAUCCGAGAUGGAGGUCUGGCUGACAGAUUUGAGGAGUACCCCAAACAAAGAGAGCUCAUCCGACUGAAAGAUGAGCUCAUCGCUGCCACCAACACCCCACCCAUGUAUUUGCAGGCAGAUCUCGACAACUUUGAUCUGAGAGAUCUAAACUGUAAAUUUGAUGUAAUUCUGAUAGAGCCUCCAUUAGAGGAGUAUUACAGAGAGUCGGGCAUCAUUGCCAACGAACGCUUCUGGACCUGGGACGAUAUCAUGAAGCUGGAUAUAGAGGAAAUCUCUUGUAUCCGCUCUUUUGUCUUCCUGUGGUGUGGAUCAGGAGAAGGCCUUGAUCUAGGCAGAAUGUGUUUGAGGAAGUGGGGCUUCCGGCGAUGUGAAGACAUUUGUUGGAUCAAGACCAACAAAAACAACCCUGGCAAGACCAAAACACUGGAUCCUAAAGCAGUAUUCCAAAGAACCAAGGAGCACUGUCUGAUGGGCAUCAAAGGCACCGUUAGACGCAGCACAGAUGGCGAUUUCAUUCAUGCUAAUGUGGAUAUAGACCUGAUUAUUACAGAGGAGCCAGAGAUGGGCAAUAUUGAGAAGCCAGUGGAGAUUUUCCACAUCAUUGAACAUUUCUGCCUGGGCCGUCGACGGCUCCACCUAUUUGGCAGGGACAGCACGAUCAGGCCAGGUUGGCUGACUGUGGGCCCCACCCUGACCAAUAGCAACUUUAACAUAGAAGCUUACUCUGGUCACUUCAGUGAGCCAAACUCUUACUUGUCUGGUUGUACUGAGGAAAUUGAGAGACUCCGCCCCAAAUCUCCACCUCCUAAAUCCAAGGCAGAGAGAGGUGGGGGGGCACCACGCGGAGGGAGGGGCGGUCCCUCUGUAGGAAGGGGAGAUCGCGGUCGAGAGAGAAACCGACCAAACUUCCGUGGUGAUCGAGGUGGAUUCAGAGGUCGUGGUGGCCCUCAUCGUGGAUUUCCUCCUCGAUAGUGCACAACAUGCCUUCUUUGAUGAGACUGAACAUUUUUUAAUUAAAUCUGUAUUUUAUAUUUUUGUACCUGAAAUUCGAAAAUGAGUUGUUGCCUUCCAUAAGAUUAAUAUUGUUUUGGUAGUGUAUUGUAAUAGAGGUUAGAAGCAGGAAUACUUUUUAAUGAUUGGCAUACAGUCUCACUCCUCAAUGAUUGUUGUGUUAAGUCACAUGAUUACACAUAUAAAUUAUAGCUGUUCAGGAGCAAUAAACUUUCAUUCAUUGUAAGAGCUUGAUACAACCUCAAGACUCAUUAAACACACAUUUUAUAAUGAAAUUUGUUUUUAAUCAGAGUUCUUACAGUCACAGAAAAGUCACUUGCAAGCCACAGUGCUGUCCAAUUUUUGAUUGCAUCAUUAUUUCGAGUCAUUUGUUCCUUUCUUUUUUUCAAAGAAUUGGUCUGAAUAAUAUUUUAGUGAAUUAAUCUGUAUUUAAAUCAUUUUUAAUUAUCCUUAACCAGUAAUUACAAAUGACUAACAAAAGUCAUGGAAAUUAAUUUGUCAAAAAGUGUGGGAACUGUUUAUUACUAUUUGUUUGAACAUUUCCAUCUGUUGUUUGGUUUGUCUAACAUCUCAUUAUCAACAUCACUUUCACACUUCCUGUGUGCAUGUGGAGGGCAGCAGAACUUUUCUUUUAUCUUUAUUGUCAACCUUAUUGCUUCUGUACUAUAGUGGUAGUGACAUGUAGAAUUACUGUCUUUUGCAGUGAAUAAAAGGCAACAUGUUUUACUUCACAGGUAGUUAAUUUUAGUGAGCAUGGUUGGACAAAAGAAUUUAAGAAUUUCCUUGCUUUUAAUUAAAUUCCCACAGGAUGUUGAAUUGGAAUGACAGAAAGAUACAUUCAUUGACUUGCAAUUGAAAGAAAUUCAACACAGUCAACAGAAAUUUCAUGAGUCCAACAAAAAUUUGAACAUUUCCAAACUUCUUAGUUGUUUUUUCUUUUGUUUAAGGUUUCCAUUUUGUAAGCUUGGUUAAUGGUAUUUGGCUCCAUUUUGAAGACAAAUUAGAUAGAGCAUUCUGACCACCUUAGUCCAUAAAAUGUCAUUUAUUAAAAAGGGGUGACUGAUUUGAGUCAAAAGAGUAAAUGCACAAAUGUGCAUUUCUUUAGCAAUGGUUUUGUAUUCAUUUGAAACACCUAGUUCUUAAAGGUGCGCUCAGUAAUUUUUUCCUCACAAAAAAAAGUGUAACUCCUAAAGACAUGAAUUUUAAUUUUGCAAUAUAUGUUGGAAAUAAUGACCACUCACAUUAAAAUGAAGACUCCAGUCAUAUCAGUAACUAUACAAAAGCUGUUUUAUUCUAUAUGGAGAGGGUCCCCUUAUGAGGGCUACCAUGUUAGAAUCACAUGACCAGUCAGAUACUACUCGCUUAAUCUCAGUAACCGUCCUUUUAAUUAACACUUUCACUCAUUGAUUAAAGUAAUCAUGGCUUUCUGUGAAUACUGAAUUUCUACAAUGGCAUCUGAAACUAAAAACUAUUGAUUUUAAAUUAUGCUGCACCAAACCGCUAGGUGUCAGUGUAAGUCUAAAAUGACACAAAGACAAAAGCUACUGAGUUCACCUUUAAUUUGAAAUUGAAAUUGAAAUAUUUGUUUUGUGAAUUCUACCCUCUAAAGUAAAUUUUCACUAAUAUCAUAAUCAAACCACACUGGCAUACAUUAAGGCAAGGGUCAACUAUAUUACAAAGGCAGAUUUUUCCAAAAGGUUUAAAUGUGUUCUCAGUUCAAAGGUAUUUUUCAUUAAAGUUAGGUUGUUUAAAACAUACAUUUAUACAAUUUAUCAAUUACAACAUUUGUUGGCCAAAACAAUGGUUUGAUAUUCAUGUAUGUUACCUCCUACAUUUAUGUUGUUUCAUUAAUCGUUUUUGUGCCUCAUAAUUGUUUUAAUUUGUAAAUAUUGAUAAAAAAAAAUAAAUGUUUUGCUGAAAAGACUACAACAGGCCAUUAAAUGCAGGCAUAGAUUUGAAUAGAGGUGUAGAUUUUGUUUUUGUGCAGUUCCAUUGUGACAACUUACCCCACUAUUGUAGUAAGUUCUCACAAUUAGUCAAUGUGUAUUCAAUGAGCUGUAUCUUUGUUCCUGGGCAAUAAUGGUGGAAAUGUUCAAUAGUUUUUUGUAGCCAAGUCUUCAAGGUAUGUGGCCGGCCUAUGCAGAAAAUGACUUUCAAAAACAAACCUAUUGUCAAGCCUGGCCAAGCUGAUGCUAAGUUGUCUCAAUUUUGGAGCUUGGCAGUCUACAAUUGCAACAGCUGAAUGUUAUUUACAGAUAAGUCUGUCAAUCGAUUAAAAUCUUUUGUCUAAUUAAUUACAUAACAUGCCAAUUAUUAAUUUAAGUUAUUGGAGUUAAUCUCAAAUGUCAAUAUUUUCUGAGAAAAGAUCACAAAUAAUGACAAUUCAAAGACUGGCAGACAAAAAUAUAGAAUAGACAUUAAAAAGGUGUCUUUAGAAGCUGAAAUAUUGUUAAUUUUAUUUCUAUGUAAUAUAUGUGACCUGCAGUUCACAGCAAUCAGAUUUUACCAUCAAGUUUGUAAAUCUGUCUGAAGUAACCCUAAAGGAAAAAACUCACUGAAAAAUGAGAAAACAACCAAUCCUAAAAAAUAAAUAAAUAAACAUUAUUAAGCAACCUGCUAUCAUGCUAUUAUCCAUCACGUUCACUACAAUCAAACAAUUCCGGACAGUUAAUAAUACCUAAAAUAUCAAAAUCCAUAAAAGGAGGUAGAUAAUUUUUCUAUUUGGCUCCUAAAUGUUUGAAUAGUCUUCCUAGCAUUCUUCAGGACUCACACUCUCUCAGUUUAAUUCUAGACUAAAAACUCAUCUCUUCAGCCAGGCAUAAACCUAAUGUAUCCCUCAACUCAUCAUUAUGACACAUUAGUCAGGUCUGCCAGAACUGGAAACACUUUUCAUAUUCUAUAACUCUGCUAUAAAUUGAAUGGCAUCUAAGCUAAUAUUAUUCUAUAUUUUUCUAUAGUUUCCCUGUUACCAGAGCCUGCCAGAUCCAGCUCCGGUCCUGCCCGAUGUCCUACUCCCACAUGUCCUAUGUGUCGCUGCGUGAUGACUACUAACUGUAGUCUGUUCCAGCCAGAUAUCACUUCAGUCUACUACGAUGGACUUCACAGAGGAUGAAUUGCUGCCAACUCCAAACAGAAGAUACGGGAUACUUCACUGGCCAGUGCCUGAACCUUUGACUUAGGAUGAACUUCACAGGAGAUGAACCGCCACAGGCUUCCACCUGGACUGCGAUGCCCCUCACUGACCUCUGUGUGUAUCAUCUUGUUCAAAGGAUAACAAAGGACAAUGCAUUUGUUUGCACUUUUCCAGCUGAUUCAGGAUGAACUUCAAAGACUUUUAGUCAUUAAUCAAACAGUUCAUAAAAAAUCCUUUUGUUUAAACAUUGGCCACCGACAUUCAUGCGGUUUGCUAAUUUAAAGGGUUAGUUCACCCAAAAAUGAAAAUUCUCUCAUCAUUUUCUCACCCUCAUGCCAUCUCCGGUGUGUAUGACUUUCUUUCUUCAGCAGAACACAUAUGAAGAUUUUUAGAAGAAUAUC